GUGCCGGCCGGGCGCACAGGCGGCAGGCGCGCGGCUCGGGGCACCCUCUCCUCUGGCCGCCCGGCUUGGCGGAGUAUCUGGGACCCGGGAGCGGCUGCAAGGACUUCCCUCCUGCUCCCUCCCUCGCCCCGCCCCCGCCUCUCGGCCCCGGCGCGGAGAUCUCGCCUAAGACAAUUGCAGUAAAUGAGGACAUCGGAGGAGCACGAAGCCGGGUGGCUGUGGCUGGCUCCGCCGCGCCGCGAGCGAGCGAUCGCGCGGGCGUCCCCGGAGCCGGCCGAGCCGCUGCUUCCCCGCACGCGUUGCUGAGCCGGGCCGGAGGAACGCGAUCUGCGGCGCGGGGGCCGGCCGGGCUGGGCCGGCGGCGGUGGAGGGUGGGGGGGCGGUGGGCGCGCAGCCGGCCAAGUCACCGGAGCUGAGCCUUCCUCCGCGCGAGCCCGGCAAGUCUUGCCGCGGAUGCUCCUCCCGGAGUGCUCCGUGCCGCGCCAGGCUCGCCAGGGUCCGCGACGAGACAUGCCCGAGCCAGGUGCUGCUGCACCGACCUCGACUUAUCUAUAAGCAGCGGAAGGAACCAUGGUCACUAAGGACAGUGGCAAAUGCAUACUUGCAGCAUCGGAGAGCGAAGUGGAACCUGCCGCCUGCCUGGCCCUGGAGAUGAAAUACGCCCUGGAUCCCAACAGGCAGAUUAAAAAACGCAACAAAGCCCUGCAAGUGCGGUUUAAGGAUAUCUGCGAGGCGCAGAACGAGCAGAGGGACUCGCAGCUCUCCUCUGGACAGCAGGGGGACAAGCGGGAGAGCAAGCCCGCGUCCUGCAGAGCAGCCUACCGCAAAUACAUGACGGUGCCCGCACGCAGGUCCAUUCCCAACGUCACCAAGAGCACAGGCGUGCAGACCUCGCCCGACCUUAAGAAGUGUUACCAGACGUUCCCUCUGGACCGCAAAAAGGGGACCCUCAAAACCCUCCCAGCAGCGGAUCCCUUUAAAAGCCAAAACAAUGGGUUUCUAGCGGACUCUAAAGAGAAAAGCCCUGGCAGACACCUGGAUGAGGCCCGGCUGUGUGGAGCCGGGCGGGUGCACAAGACCACGGCCUUGGUCUUCCACUCCAACGAACACAUGAACGCGGUGGAGCAGCCAUCGGGCGUCAACUGUGCAGAGCCGUGUCACAGCCCCGACCUGCUAGGCUUCAGAGAAGCUUCUCUCCGGAAUGCCACCCGGCCUCCCCAGACUGCGAAGCAGGACCCAGGUACGCCAGACUCUGAGGAGCCCACUCCGCCCGCCCUCAGGGGGGUGUUUAAAACAGAGGUCGCCGUCUAUGCACCCGCCCCCAGUGCCAGGGCCACGGAGCCUGGCUUGUCAGACUCUGCCACCCUGAGUCAGUGGUCGCUGUGCCCAGUAGACGAGGAGCCACGAAGAGCCGCACACGUCAAUGGGCUCCAGGCCCCCACGGGCCCCGCUCUGGCCUGCUCACCCCGCAGGCAGUGCGUGCCCCCCGAAUGCAGCGAGCAGCCAGUGCAGACUGAAGCCCCACCGGGGCAGAGGGGCCAGCCCAGUCCAACGGCUGGGGCUGCAGGGGAAGAAUGCCAACAAAUCGUGCCUCAUACGGAAGUGGUGGACCUCAAAGCACAGCUUCAGAUGAUGGAGAACUUGAUCAGUUCGAGCCAAGAAACCAUCAAAGUGCUCUUGGGAGUCAUUCAGGAGUUGGAAAAAGGAGAGGCCCAUCGGGAAGGGCUUUCAUAUCGGACGGGGCAAGACACAGCUAAUUGUGACACAUGCAGGAACAGUGCAUGUAUUAUCUAUAGUGUGGAGCUGGAUUUUAAGCAGCAAGAAGACAAACUCCAGCCAGUUCUGAGAAAACUCCAUCCCAUUGAGGAAACUCAGGUUGCACCUUCGCCUUACUCUCAGGAGACUUGUUCCUCCACUCCCAAGCAAAAAUCCAAACCCGAAUCUAAAAAGCAUGGAAGAUGGAAACUCUGGUUCCUUUAAAACUCAUGGUGUUUGGAGUCUCAAGGCCGUCUUUAAAACCCACUGGAGUUCAGUCAAUCCUUUUCCAAAAUGAAUAGGAUGGAGGGAACUAGAGUGCCCAUGUGGGCACCACCCACUUCCCGCUCUGAGUACCAAAAAGGCCUUUGUACCAACAGAUAACUAACAGAAGCAAGGUAUUUAAUGUCACUCCUUGCCAGCUGUUCUUUGCAGUUCCCUGAUGUGGGAUGUAAAAUCUGAAGUGACACUUACGUAGUCAGAGAUGAUAAGUAAAAAUUCUAUUCCCUUCCUGAUCUGCAAAUAAUACGUUUAUCACCUGCAAAACAGCAGGUAUCACUGUACACAGCUAAAACUCAUAGUUAUUUUCAAGCCUUUAUUUUUUUUAAAUAAUGAGAAGAAAAAGCAAGCCUUAUGUUUGCAAAGGACUUCAUUUUUAUGUUUCAUUUUGCAAAUAAGCAGGGGGCGAGUGCAAUUUUCAGCACAUCAAAUUCCGGAGAAAGCACAAUUUUUUCAAGUGGUCGGAGACCAUGAAUAAUCUCUAACAUGUGACUAUAUGUAUAUUUGCCUUCAUGUGCUGUAGCGCUAAGCCAAGUGACCACAUCUCAGUGUCACAUUGACACUUCAAAUUUAGCAUCCUCUUUAUCUCCAGACUUAGGACAUGUUUACUGCUCAUCUUCCAAAUGGCCAGCAGCCAGGAGUCCCCCAAAGUCAGGAUAUGCCUUUAAUUAAUGCAAGUUGACAGGGUCAGAGCUAUUGGACACUAAGCUUUCUUAGAUCUGGUUUUUAAUCUUUUGGUACCCAAAGGCCAAAUGAUGAAUUCUGGCAAGAAUUUGAAAAUACACACAGAUACACCAUGG